GGAGUUCGGGAAAAGACUCGCUAUUCCGUCAUGCUCUAGGACGUCUGGCGGCGGCGGUUUAGCCGGAAGUCCUUUUCAGGGAGUGAGGGAGUCCUGCCGUACACAUAUAACAGCGAAGAUUUCAGUAUGAAGCUGUACUGUUUAUCAGGACACCCGACUCUACCAUGUAAUGUGCUCAAAUUCAAAUCUACUACCAUCAUGUUAGAUUGUGGGCUGGAUAUGACUUCGACACUCAAUUUUCUUCCCUUACCAUUGGUUCAGAGUCCUAGGCUGUCUAAUCUUCCUGGCUGGGCUUUAAAGGAUGGAAAUACUUUCUUGGACAAGGAACUGAAGGAAUGUUCAGGUCAUGUAUUUGUGGAUUCUGUGCCCGAGUUCUGUUUACCAGAGACCGAGCUAAUAGAUCUGUCUACAGUAGAUGUGAUCCUCAUUUCAAACUAUCACUGCAUGAUGGCGUUACCUUACAUCACUGAGCACACCGGUUUUACUGGUACAGUGUAUGCUACAGAACCUACUGUGCAAAUUGGCAGGCUUCUUAUGGAAGAGUUGGUGAAUUUCAUUGAACGAGUGCCAAAGGCUCAGUCUGCCUCCUUGUGGAAGAAUAAGGAAGUGCAAAGACUGUUGCCUGCUCCCCUCAAGGAUGCAGUGGAAGUUUCAACGUGGAGAAGGUGCUACACGACGCAAGAAGUGAACUCUGCUCUCAGUAAAAUCCAGCUUGUGGGCUAUUCUCAGAAAAUUGAGCUUUUCGGUGCAGUGCAGGUGACUCCCCUUAGCUCUGGCUAUGCACUUGGAAGUUCCAACUGGAUUAUUCAGUCGCAUUAUGAGAAGGUGUCCUAUGUCUCUGGAUCUUCCUUGCUUACUACACACCCCCAGCCCAUGGACCAAGCCUCUCUCAAAAACAGUGAUGUCCUCAUUCUGACAGGACUCACCCAGAUUCCAACAGCAAAUCCUGAUGGCAUGGUAGGAGAAUUUUGCAGCAAUUUGGCUCUGACAGUGCGGAAUGGUGGUAAUGUACUGGUCCCCUGCUACCCAUCUGGAGUGAUCUAUGACCUCUUGGAAUGCCUCUAUCAGUACAUCGACUCAGCCGGCCUUUCAAACAUCCCUUUCUACUUCAUCUCUCCUGUUGCCAACAGCUCACUUGAGUUUGCCCAGAUUUUUGCUGAAUGGCUUUGUCACAACAAACAGACCAAGGUGUAUCUCCCAGAACCCCCUUUUCCUCACGCAGAGCUCAUUCAGACCAACAAACUGAAGCACUAUCCCAGUAUCCAUGGAGACUUCAGCAAUGAUUUUAAACAGCCAUGUGUAGUUUUCACUGGUCAUCCCUCCCUCCGAUUUGGAGAUGUUGUACAUUUCAUGGAACUUUGGGGAAAAUCUAGUCUCAACACUGUUAUAUUCACAGAACCUGACUUCUCAUACCUAGAUGCACUGGCUCCCUACCAACCUUUGGCCAUGAAAUGUAUCUACUGUCCUAUCGAUACGAGGCUCAAUUUCAUUCAGGUGUCAAAGCUGCUCAAGGAAGUACAGCCCCUCAAUGUGGUUUGUCCUGAGCAAUAUACCCAACCUCCGCCUGCCCAGUCCCAUCGGAUGGACCUCAUGAUCGAUUGCCAGCCCCCUGCGAUGUCCUAUCGCCGGGCCGAGGUACUUGCCCUGCCCUUUAAACGCCGCUAUGAGAAGAUCGAAAUCAUGCCUGAGCUUGCAGAUUCAUUGGUGCCCCUGGAGAUUAAGCCUGGCAUUUCCUUAGCAACUGUUUCCGCCGUGCUGCAUACUAAAGAUAACAAGCAUGUUCUUCAGGCUCCUCCUAGGCCCAGCCAGCCCCAAGCCAGCAAGAAGAGAAAGCGAGUGAGUGAUGACAUCCCAGAUUGUAAACUUCUGAAGCCCCUCCUAAGUGGCUCCAUCCCUGUGGACCAAUUUGUUCAGACUUUGGAGAAGCAUGGCUUCAGUGAUGUGAAAGUGGAGGACACAGCUAAAGGACACAUCGUCCUCCUCCAGGAGGCCGAGACCCUUAUCCAGAUUGAAGAAGAUUCAACCCAUAUCAUCUGUGACAACGAUGAGAUGCUCAGGGUUCGACUUCGGGACCUCGUGCUCAAAUUCCUACAGAAAUUCUAAAUUAAGAGGGUUGCACUAGAUUACCUCUAAGGUCACUCCCAGCUCUAGGAUUAUGUGAAAACUCAGAUCUUUUCUGCCUUGGUGAGUCAACAGCAUGGCUUCCAACAUGGGGAGAGUUUAGAAAAGCAAGCGGUGGCCAGGCACAGGGAAUCCCUGAUCCCAUACCACUUUGUUGUUUAUGCCACAUGGCUCAGAAAUCACUGCAGAGUCUGCGUGCCGUCUUUCUCUAUGGUUUUUAAGAUGGUCCUCUUUUAUUCUCAGAUCUGGACUUGGCUUGAGUACUAAGGAAAAUGGAUGUUCUUGAGAGAAAUAGUCUGGGUUUAAUGCAUAGAAAUAGAUCUCGCUGGAUUUCUACCACUGCCUCAGGGAGAUACCUUUGGUUAAAUUCUAGACUUUUCUUUCGACUUUGAGUCUCCAAGUAAUCCAAGCAUAAGGCAACAGGUUGUUCAUUGGUUGUGGUGACCAGUGGCAAAGGCAGUUCUUAAAGACUUUGCUGGUUUAGUGGAAAGGUAAGGUGUCUAGACUGACUUUUGUUUAUUUUCGAGGUUUUGCUUGGCUGGGAAAGGGGAACUAGUCUGUUUGGCUUGGUUUGUUUGCUUCCUUUAUUGCCUUCCCCAGAGAACUGUAAAUCAAAAGAUGGUUUUUCAAGGAAAGAGCAAAAUAAACCACAUCAAUCUUUAUCUUA